GGAAGCUUUGUUGAUCUGAGGGGCAUACAGACCGAAACCAGUAACCACCACCACCUCCAGUUUCCUUUUGAGCGUGGGAAAAUAAAUUGCUCCGUUUGUCGGCUGUGUUACUUCCUCCCCCCAGCCUUGCCAUUACGCACUGAUCGCCAUACAUGCUGUGCAGGAAAACGCGCGCUGGGAUCAGAAAAUUGCGCGCCGAUCACCGGGGGGGUUUAAGUUUGUGUAUUUGUAUGCAGCUUAUCACACAAUGCAGACGUCAUCUCCACAGAUCAGCUUUGGUUACACGUUGUUUUUUUCUCUCUCUCUCUUUCUCUCCCUGGCUGCUCCUAUCGCGCCCCUAUGUUGUGAUCUGGAAUACAGUGAAGGGAAAUGUGUUUUAGAGCUGCCAGUUGGAAUGUAACUUAGAUCAUCCUGCUGCAUCAGAUAAUCCUCUACCGUUGCGUAUUUCUGUGCGUCUCCGAACGUGUGGCUCCAGAUCGCGGGGGUCCCUGUCACCGUCUCGCAAACUUGGGAGUUCAGCUCCAGCCCCGGCUGCUGCGCCUUCAGUCGGGUUGGGAUCUUCGUAGGAGGCGCCAGUGUUUGUUUAAUUGCUGGGGACGCACACAUGCACAGGCGUCUUUCCCCUCAACGCAGCCGAAACGGCGACUUCUAACAGCCUCGUCUGGCAGGAGGAGGAAAAACGGAGGGCUGAAAGGAGGGAAAAGAGUGGGUGAAUUUGCUGCGAGGACGCUGCAGCCGGCUGUUGGACAUUUAAGGGAGGCGAUGCUGCCGAACCUUUCACAGACAAUGAGCCAACACAUCACUGUGCAGGUAUGAAUAAUGCUCCGAAAUCUGCGUGAGUUUGGCAUCCAGACUGUGGUCACUGAUGUGUGGAAUUACGCAUGAACUGAUCUCAUUUUUCCACCAUGUCCAAUAAUUUUUCGAGUGCUGAUGACAGCUGGUUUAACAUCGCUAUUAUCAUGUAGUGUUUGGACUAAAAACAGAGGAAGCCGGCUACUAGCAAUCUAAAAUUUGACAUUUGACAUCGCGGAACGGACCACUUAGCCGCCACCAUGGGACUGUGACCCGGGCUGCGAGCUCCGAGAGGCGGCUGUUUGUGUAGUCUGUGCUCCGUGUGCAGACUGGACCUGAGCAGUUGUGACAUUUUGAGCCAUGGCUGCUGCUAUCGCGAGUGGACUGAUCAGACAGAAGAGACAGGCACGGGAGCAGCAUUUGGACCGACCCUCCACCAACCGACGGAGAAAGAGCCCCAACAAGAACAAGGGGCUCUGCAAUGGGAACCUGGUCGACAUCUUCUCUAAAGUGCGCAUCUUCGGCCUCAGGAAGCGGAGACUACGGAGACAAGAUCCCCAGCUCAAGGGUAUAGUGACCAGGUUAUAUUGCAGGCAGGGAUACUACUUGCAAAUGAACCCCGAUGGCUCUCUUGAUGGGACCAAGGAUGACAGCAGUAAUUCCUCUUUGUUCAACCUUAUUCCUGUGGGCCUCAGAGUUGUCGCCAUUCAGUCCGUGAAGACAGGGUUAUACAUCGCAAUGAACGGCGAGGGCCAUCUGUACACAUCAGAACUCUUUACAGCGGAAUGCAAGUUCAAAGAGUCUGUGUUCGAGAACUACUAUGUGAUCUACUCGUCCAUGUUGUACAGACAACAGGAGUCGGGGAGAGCUUGGUUCCUAGGGCUCAAUAAAGAGGGCCAAGCCAUGAAGGGGAACCGAGUGAAAAAAACAAAACCAGCUGCUCACUUCCUGCCCAAGCCAUUAGAAGUUGCCAUGUACAGAGAGCCAUCGUUGCAUGAUGUUGGAGAGACAGUGCCCAAGGCGGCAGUACCUCCCAGUAAAAGCACAAGUGAGCCAGCAGUGAUGAACGGAGGUAAACCUGUCAGCAAGCCCGACAAACCCACCACAUAGCCACACCUGACCAGCGCCCGGUGUGUGUGUGGGUGUGGAGGGGAGGGAUGUGACGGAGGCAGGGCUUCUUCUUUUUUUUUUUCAAUUAGACUCCAGACCCUCUUUCUUCUGUGGAUCAGAUCCAGGCGAACCUCCCUACCUUUUCUUUUUCUUGCUCCUCCUCCGCCUCCCUUUCUCCAACCGUCUUUGGAUGGAUUCUGAGGCAGAAGAGUUUGUCCAGCACAGGAGGGAAGAGGACCUCUGGUCAUGGAAUGCCUUUAGAUUCCUCUGAAACUGUGAGAAUUCAUGUGAAUAACGCGUGUUUCACAAUGACGCUUGUGGUACUUUUGUUUGAUGACGGUUCGUCCAAAAAAUAAAGAAAAACCUCCCCCCCUCCUCUCUAUAAUGCCCUGUUGCAGCAGAGUCUGUGUAUCUUCAGAUCUAUUUUCUAUACCACAGUUCACCAGCUAUGUUCUGGGAUAGAGACUGUAUAGAUAGAGUAAAUAUUUGGACUGUUGUCCUCUAUUUUUUACGAGUAUGUUCCCCUUUCCCUCUCUUUCUAUCUCUAGUCACACACUUUUCUCUUUGUCAAGUAACCUAGAAAAGAAAAAAACAUUUUGCAAGGGAAUUGUGUGAUUUUCUAAGAAACACAUUCACACGGAUGUGACAUAAGGAAACACAAAUAUACGAAACAGUCCAAAUUUUUUCUUCUUUCCUACAACACGCACACACUUGCAGACAGACACACAAAGUUUGUGUGGAGAAAUCCGAGACGCUGCUUUUUUACAGCAGAUAAAACCACACUGGAGGCUGGCAGAUAGCUCCUGCAAUCAUAGUUGAUGAAGUGCUAAUUACCGACACUGCAAUCAAUGCGAGGAGCUCCCUACAAACACACACACACACACAUUUAUAAGCAGAUGUGCGUGUGGGUGGGAGAGCGCUGUAAGGAAUGGUGUAUACAUAUCACUAUCUAAGUCCCACCAGCGGUUCAGUCCGCCUUCUCUGGUAAAUAGAAAACCUGAAGUCUAUUUUUCUUUAAUCUUAUUUCAGAGCGUGGGCUCUAGGAAUAUCUCUAGGCCUUGUAGGCCUCUGUCCCUCACUCACUGACUACUUUGGACUACGAGGCAAGGCUUGUGGCUUUGACCCAGAUGGUCUAUAACUGCAGCACUGGCAGCCAUCUUAUGGCAGUGUCUACUUAAAGCCAGAAAACAACAUGGCUGAAAACCAGUAGGUGACAUUUAUACUGGCUGCAUCCCUAUUUGGUUCAGCAAACUAAAGCAUGGACAUGGUUAAUAUUGUGUUCUCUCUUCUUGCAGCAGUUAUACAAGAGACGGCUUAUAUUGUAACAUUUUCACUGUAUAAACCUUAGGGAAAAUGACUACUAAAAAUCAUAACUUUUUAAAUGACUAGAUAUUAUUAUUAUUAUUAUUACUAUUAUUAUUAUGAGAGGAUUUGUCUUCUAGCUCAGCAUGCAGAGUCCAGUACUGAUCAUCUUGGCCUAUCACGUGCCUGUUUGGACCUUGAUUCCCGGCAUGCAAAAACAGGUUCCCAGUCCCCACUGGGCCAAAGGUGCCUCACCCACCCGAUACAUCCAUGUAGAGGACACGUAGCAUUGUUCAUCUGAAAAAAAAAUACACACUCACAUGUAUUCAUUCUGAAAUGACCAAAGUCUUUUUUCAUCCCAAGAAGAACCGAUUCUUAAAAAGAAAAAGAGAAAAAAAAAAAAAGAACACAAAUCCGACUCUCUCUCAGAUUCAAGUCAUUGAAGCUUUCACUGUGAUAGCGUUUGUUCUGUCCAAAAAGAAUCAACUCUGCUCAGACCCGCAAAGGUCUUCUCGACUGAUGUCACUUUGGAGAAGUACAUAUACCUUGAAUUAAUCACAUGCAUGUAUUUUCUAUAAGGAACAAGGUAUGGGCAUUGUUCUUCACUCUGUGUAAACGGAAGAGCACUGAGGUUCAGUCUGGGCGUUGAAUGGGCAUGUUGUAGGCUACGGCUAAUCUGAAGGUAACUCACUGCACUUUGUUUUGCAUUUUCAUCACGACUGUUAGCAGUUUAUCAAAGCUCUGUCUGAUCAAUACAUCUAUAAUGUUUGUCUUGCUUUUGAUGAUUUUCUUCCUACUAGUUUUGUUAGAUAAGAUUUAGAUGAAUAAAAUAGAUUGUUGCUGCUGUAUGCUGCUAAAACCGCAACUAUAUUAACAAAUUGAUUUGGUAAAUAUAAUUUUAUGAGUUUAUUGGGAUUAUACAUGACCAUUUUCUUAUUACAGCACAUCAAAGCACAUUAGUUAGAUGUCAAUAUUUGUCUGUACAAAGCUAUAAAUGCUAUAACAAAAAAAAUACUGUACACACACACACACACACAGGAGCUGGAAAGCACCGAAGCUGUAUCUGGGGCUGAUGCUCCUCAUUGCAGCCGGUCAUCCUCCACUCCUAAAAACUCUACAUGCUGGGCUGGUCACUACUCCUGCAGUCCAGUCCAGUUAACUGGCUCCUCCAAGGCUGAUUUUAUUUUUGUAAAUGACUGGUGUGUAAAUGUACAUCCGUCUGGAUCUCUGUAGCCACCGUUUUUACCUUCUGUUUGUCGUCUUUGUUCGUCCUCAUUUCUCGUAUACGGGUCGUGUGUGAUGUGGUUUUUUCAGAUCACUUUUUUUGCUUUGUGUCGGAAAUUUCUUCCAAUUUUCUUCGUUGCCCCGUUUUGUUUUGUUUUUUUAAACCUCUUAUUUUGUCCCAUCUGUUGCAUGGGGAGAGGAUGGCAUUGAACUGCAUGUAGUAGGCUAUGUCUAUCAAGAACUGUUGGUAUGUACCGCUAAUUUUACAUAUAUGCAACGAGUUUGUCUACACUAUACAGUUUGUGUUUGUUGUAUACACAUAUACAACAUAUUGAAUAAAAUAUUUAUAUAAAGGUGUACUGUAAUGUCAGUAACAUACUUAAUGCAAUAUAGUGUGCAGUAUAUUAUUGCACCUGUCAUUUUUUGAUGGGACAAAGAAAAACGGAGGGGUUGGCUAGUUUAAGCAUGAAAAAAAGGCCAAAGUAGAAUUUACAUUAAAUUUCCUUUGUGACUUCUUAUCGGUCCUCUUUUCAAGUGGUGACUGAGCUCUUGUGUCAAUGCAGCUCUCAUCCCCUGAUUACCACCUUUUGAAGUGACAUGGACAACCAGCAUGCCACAACCAAACUAUUUAUGCCCUUCUCUUUGUUUCUUCCACCUAGAAUUUAACCUUCUCACCACUAGGACAGAUGUAGAGGACAUGGCAGAUAGUUUGGUUCCUGGUGGAGAAGAAUAGGCACUAUUAAAAAUGGAUUUAUUUUCAAAAAAAUAUAUAUAUAUACCAUUGCAAGUAUGCCCAUUGGAGUUAUGUCAUGUUAUAACAAAUUUGUAACCAUGUAUGAUUAAGGUCUUCGCAUUGUUUUCCAUGCAAAAUGUUGUGUCAUGCGGCACAUUUAAUGUUUUAUUAUUUAAAAAAAAGAAAUAAAAACCUCAAAGAGCA